GUGGCGGGGCCGUCUCUCCCGCUUGCGGCGAGGCCCGCCGGCGGCGGUUGAGAGGCGCACGGCCGCGGCAGCCCCCCCUCCCCCAUCUCUUUCGUUCUUUCCCCUCCCCCUCUCCCUCCGAGCCUCCUCGAGAUCCAGAGACUUGGCCGCGGAGGAGGGCCGGCGCCACCGCGGGUCCCCUCGCCGGCGCGCGCGUCCACCCGAGGGUGAGCGCGCCGCCGUCGAGCGGUCCUGUGGUGGUGCUAUUGCGCCCGUGCGCGGCGGUCGCGCUGUUCGGCGAGGACGGCCCCAGGUAAGCCUCUCCGCGUCCCUCUUUUUUCUUCCUUUUCUUUUUCGAUUUUUCAUCGAUUCGCUUUCUGUUCUUCCCGAUCUAGAUCGACCAUUGUUAGACGAAAAUCUAGAACCUCUGAGCUGGGGAACGAAGGCGGUGGGCCCGGCUGGGGUGGGCGCUGAGCUGGCAUACGCCGAUCGAUACGCGUUUCCUAUUCCUACUCGAGUAGUCGGAUACCGUCAACCGACAUACGUACGGUGGUUAUAAAUCCAAGGGGUACGGAGGGCCGUCCCUCCCCUCGCAUAACGCCGUUUGCUUUGCGUCAGAAAGCUCCCGCGAUUCGGCACACGGCAACGGUUCGGGCGCUCCGUCUCCUUCUCUCUUCCGUUAAAGUUUCCGCCUUUUGUUUCUUUCCUCGUUAGUCUCCGUUUAGUUCUAGUUAAUCUUCCCCGUUUACUAUAUUCUGCUAGUUUAAUCUCUUGUUAGUUUUCGCUUCCGUCUAGCUAGUCUUCAUCUUUCUUAUCUAGCUUUUUCGCAUCUAUUAAUUUUUCUCAUCUGCUAAUUUACAUUGCAAGUUAUUUUCUCAUCUAUUAUCCAUUGUCGAUCUAGUUAUCACCUUGCGCUAAUUAAAUUCUGUGUUCUUUAUCUCAUCUACUACUUGUUGUUAGUCUUCGUCACCUGUUAAUUUGUCUCGUCUAGUUUACAUUGCAACUUAAUCUCGGUUUAGCUUAUAGUCUAUUCAAGAAAAUUUCUUGCCUAGUUUCUGCAUUUCGUUCAUUUCCCUUUCGUAUUGCUCUGUUUUUGUUUUCCGUUUCCGUGCACACGCGCAGCUUGCCGUUGAUGGCUGACGCUUGCACGCUGACCCCGGCGGCUGCUCUGCCGCCGUUGCUCCCAACCCCCCGCUUUUUUUCUACUGUUGCAGGCCGUGCGAGCGAGGGAUCGGCUUGGGCCGGCAACAAGAAGCCCGGUCGCGCGUCGGCGAGCGAGAGCUGGACCAAAGAUAAGCUACUCGCCCGUACCACCGCCUCGUCGAGCGUUCCAAGCCGCGCGUCCCUGAGCCAGGAUUGGACCAAGGACAAGGCCCAGCGGAAGGAGGAGACCGAGCGUGUGGGGCGAUCCUCGUCGAGGGAGGAUCCGGUCGGGCCCAAGAAGAGGACCUUGAGCCGAGCGCCGUCGGUGGAGGUCGAUCGGAGCGAGAAGAAGGCGAAGCCCGAGGAUGCAGUAGAGCCGGUGACGGUGCAGUACUACGCUGGCCCGGCGUUCCUGAAGUCGCCGGACCCGAGCGAGGUGCCACUCCCGACUAUGUUCCUGAAGCGGAAGACACCCAAGGCAGCUGAUGACAGGAAGUGAAGAAUCGCCAAGGUUCCUGAAGCGGAAGACACCCAAGGCAGGCAGCUGAUGACAGAAAGUGAAGAAUCGCCGUUCACGAGAUAACAAUGUUGUGGAUAACAGAUUAAGAUAUGAAGAGAGUUAUUAUCUAGUUUGCUCAGCUUCAUAGUACUCCUAUUUUAUGAUUUAUGAAGUUUUAUGAUAGAGUAGUGGAGUACCAGUAGUUAUGUAAUAUAUUAACAUUCGAUUACAAUUAAUCUAGUUUGCUAAGCUUCAUAGUACUCCUAUUUUAUGCUUUAUGAAGCUUUCAGAUAGAGCAGGGGAGUACUAGUAGUUAUGUAAUAAAAGCUAAACGAUCGAUUAAUACGAAGCCAUCGCUCUGGUCA